AUGGCAUCCUCUUUGGACGAAUCCGCAUUCACCUUCAUCGCACUAGGUGGCAUUCUUCAGGAAUUUCGUGUUGCCGGCCAGAACAUCGUCCUUGGCUUCGAUGCCCAAGAGGAUUAUGCCAAGUACAACACCUCAUAUUUCGGCUCAACUAUCGGCCGCACUACAAACCGGCUGAAAGAUUCAGUCAUUGAAAAUCUCAAUGGGAAGACAUACUCCAUUACAACAAACCAGGAGCCUCAUUCAUUGCACGGUGGGAAGGAGGGGUGGAACUCCAAGGUCUUCGACGGCCCCAACGCUGUAUUUAGAAACGGAAAGGAAGGGUUGGAAUUCAAGUAUCUAAGCAAGGAUGGUGACGAGGGCUAUCCGGGUACGGUGGAACUGAGAGUAUGGUAUACAGCCGGCAAGGAGGUAGGGAAGGAAGGGGAACCUUCCAAAACCGUCCUAGAGAUUGAGUACGAAGUCGAGUUUGUAGGCGAUGAAUGUGAAGAAACUGUAGUGGGAGUUACGAAUCAUAGUUACUUUAACUUAGGCGAUGGGCCUACGAUUGAAGGAACAGAAGCAGUUUUAGCUACGGACAAUUAUCUCCCGACAGAUUCCACAGGCAUCCCUAUCAGCACAAUAGAGCGUUACACUUCUACACAGGUUAAUAAACCCUUCUUCCUCGGCGCAACUUCUCCAGACAUUGACGACUGUUUUGUGGUGGAUACGGAUCCGGCCUCAAUACCAGCCGACACUCGAUCUCGACCGCUGCGCCUGAACGCAGCACUCAGACAUCUGGUCACAGGAAUUCACCUCGAAGUCCAUUCCACGGAACCCGCCUUCCAAUUCUACACCGGAAAGUUCAUUAACAUCCCGUCAGUUGGCGGCGCGCCAGCACGGGGACCACGAUCAGGCUUCUGCGUGGAACCUAGCCGAUAUAUCAACGCUCCGAACGAGCCCAAUUGGAGGGGUAUGAGCGUCUUGAGGAAGGGUCAAAUUUGGGGGUCCAAGAUUGUGUACAAGGCAUGGAAGGAGUAA